AAAUCACUAUAAUUUUAGCUUUUUAAGAGUAAAAGGUGGUACUGACUGUAUAACCAAUACAUCCUUAAUUAUACAAGACAAUAGUUCAAUGAAGAAGUCGUAUAUCUCUAAAUGAUUACAAUAAUGGCAUGCCCUUUUUCUAUGUUCAAUGAUGGAACAAUACUACAUACGUACUGAUGAAUACAAGUAAUUGUUUAUCAGCGUACGGAUGCUACUGUACAUGUUCGUCAUUUUAUAUCAACGUUUGAGUGCAAUAGUAGUCGAUUGAUAGCCUGAUUGUAAUUACCUAAAUAACGCAAUUAUUCUGAAUCACGGAAACCAAUUGUAUAUUUCUUGCACCACUAUUCCCACACUUUGUCGAAUUAGUCAGCCGUGAUUAAGUACUUUCACAAUUGUAUUCUCUAUGUUUAAAGAUGCUCAUUAUUAAGACAAUAUCUAAAAUUGUUGCUUCAACUUCCUUUUUAUCGCUCGGGGAGAUGCGUAUUUAACGAUAAGACGAUGAUGGGACAGCUAAAGUAGCUAUGAUACCUCGAUUAAGACUCUUAGUGAUCGUGUAAGCAUAUUGUCCUAAAACAUCUCCCUUCAGUCGCUCGUGGUUUGUGGUUUCAUUGAAACCGCGUCGGAAUUCGGUUUUAAAUACAGAAUAACAGGAUAACAGUUAUCGUGCUUUCUGUACUCUGGCUUCAUUAUUUACGACACCACCGAUAGAUCAGCAACUAUCUCCCAGCGUUACGUUUUCACUCACUUUCAUCUUAAGCCGAAAACCGGAAGCUAUAAUAAGGAGAACGAGAAACUGAUAUAAGGAAGCUAUGGAUGACAAGGAAAAGGGAAACAAAAUAGAUAUGGUAGAGGAAGUAGUGGUAAAGGACACUUUUUCCUUUACGGAAAAUAUGUCUGGAAAUAAACAAGGAUCGGUGGAAGACAUGGACGAAAAGGAUGGUUUUGACGACACUUCAAAUGAAAAUAUUAAGAUGAACAAAUCGGAUAUGGUGGAGAGUGUGGUGGUGAACGAUACUGUUCCUGCCGUUGACACGACGGAUAAGAAGUCGCUGCCGUACAAAGAUACGAACUCCUUUGCCGCGAAAAAGACAGUGGCCCAAGGUAUGAUGGAUGUUGCUCUGAUUACGGCUAAUGCAAAUCAAUUGAGGUAUCUAAUCGAGUAUCAGCGUGAGAGUGUCACAUUCUUUUGGAUUCUGGGUUUAAUCAUCAUCAGCCUUCUUCUUCAGAUCGCCGUAGGCGUCAGUUUGGUUUUCAAAGGUCGGUUCGACAUAAAGGGGAAAUCGAAAUCGUUGACGGCACGAAAGAUCGAUAAUUACGUGGUGAUCGGUGUCUUUUUAAUAACCAUCAUAAACGUGUUCAUCGCCGCAUUCAGUAUAUCUGUUACUACGCAACCAUUAAGUGUCUUAGCCGGUGGCCAGCAAUGAAAAUAAGAUCUUUAGUAGGAACCCUUGCGUAGUUCGCUCUCUUUCUCUUUCAAAAAAAGGGUAAAGUUUUUGUUAUGAGUAUAUACAGAUACUCAAUGGAGAUGACUUUUUGCUAUAUCUAAAUAUUCGUAUUGAAAAAAAUAUAAUAUAAUUAUA